UUGUCCACGUUAGUGAUAGCCAUAAUAUAUUUUGACAGCUGAUUUUCAAAUGUGAAUUAAAUCGUCUACUUUGACGAUUCGAGAAACCCGACCAAUUUCUAUGAAAUCGAAAUACAAAAAGUACGCAACACAGCAAAAAUGAAAUUGAUCAAUUAAAAAAUGACAAUAAAUAAUUGAAUUGAAUAAAUCAAUUCACUGUUAUCACACUAGACUUAAAAUCUGAUUUCAUAUUGGAAUGAGUCUGCACAUUAGAUAACAAUCAGGUGAACAAAUGCACAACAUGACAAUAACACACGAAUCUCAACUGUAAAACAUCUGCAACAUCUGUGUAACUAUACUUGUUUUGAUUAAUUACGGACAUCGAAAAUGGAUAUGAACGAAAAUAACAGAGUAACUCUGCUCAAUCACACGGAGAAAUAUCGUUUAUCCAUUACAAAAAUGGGACAAGACGUUGCUGAAACUGUAAUACAACCGAUGGGCAAACGAAAUUUGUUCGUUGAUUUUUUGGCCAUUCUAUUUGGAGUUAGCUCAUGGAUUGGUGUGACAUCAACAUAUUUGCAAUUACCAUUGCUUAUAACAACGGUACCAGAAAAAUGGGCACUGGCAUCGUACAUUGUGGUUGCUGUACAAUUGGCCAACAUUGGUUCAUUCGCUUAUGUUCUGUAUCAGAAGUAUUCACCGAAAAAGAUCGACGACGGUUUUUUAAUUUAUAUCACUCUAUUCAUCGGGUGCAUAGCAGCAAUUUGUAUGGCAUUUUUCUAUCAAUAUACAUUCAAUAUAAAUGGUGAACCGCACAGUGUGCCGCUGUUGGUGUUUACAUUGAUGUUUGCAUUGGUUGGAUGCUUGAGUUCAGUGCUAUUUAUGCCGUACAUGGGACGUUUCCGAGAGUGUUAUCUUGUCUCGUAUAUGUUUGGUAUGGGUCUGAAUGGAUUCUUAUCGAGUGUGUUGGCAUUAAUUCAAGGCGUUGGUGGUGCACCAAAUUGCGUAAAAAAUAAUUCAACCGGUGAAAUAACUGCAGAAUAUCCGCUUCCAUUGUUCGGCAUUCGACUGUAUUUUGAAUUGGUGUUUGGCAUUCUGAUGCUGAGCGCAAUUGCAUUUGUUUUAUUAAAUAAUUUAAAGACUUGUAAGAAAGAGUAUGCAGUGGGAAAAAUUGGUGCUGGCAACGAAUACCAUUAUGAUGAUGACAAAGAUAACAAUGACAAUCAAAACCAAAGUAUACCCAGCGAUGUGCUGAAUCUCUCAAAUUUUAAUUAUAUCUUUUUAAUGGCGGCUUUAUUCGGUUUGAGUGGAUUAGGUAAUGGUAUAUUGCCCGGUUUGGCCACCUAUUCAUGUGUACCGUAUGGCUAUGUUAUCUAUCAUUUUGCAACGACACUGGCUGCCAUUGCAAAUCCAUGUGGCGGUUUUAUUGCAAUGUUUUUACCACACACAUCGAUACGUGUCAUUCGUUUCCUCAGCAUUAUCGGACUCUAUUUAGCUAUUUACAUCAUUUACAUUGCAGUACAAAGUCCGAAUCCACCAUUGAAAGGUUCGACAUUAGGUGAAAUGUUAAUAGUUAUUGCGUGGACUGUUUUUACCUGUAUCAUAAGUUACAUGAAAAUUUCCAUAGUUUCCAUAUUUCGAUAUCAAGGCGGACGAUCGUUAGUUUUGGUUGGAUCGGUUAAUCAAAUUAGUGCAGCCAUUGGUGCGGCUAUUAGUUUUGCUUUAGUUAAUUAUUUUAAUGUUUUUGAGUAUGCCAGCCCUUGUUAAUAGCAUCAUGUUGUAUGUAAUACAUUUUUUUUGGAUCUUACGUACACUAAAUGUGAUAUGAAACAGAUAUAUGUAUUAUAAUAAAAUGGAAUAGAAAAACUGAUUUUUAAUGAAA